AUGGACAUGGCCAUUGCACGCAUCCGAACCCUUGACAAGCCGCCAACUGCCGCCUGGGACUAUACAGGAUGCAACUACGUGGGAUUCGAGGCUAUACGAAAUUAUUACGGUGAAGUUGUCGAAGACCAUAGUUCCCAGCAAUGCACAACUGCCGACCGUACUCCUGCAGUGUUUCAGCACGACCCCAGCGACGGUUAUAGAGACAGACUUGAGGAUCAGGAGGACGCCGAAUGGUUGCCAGAUGAUAACUCAUGCGCAGACAGCGAGUCUUUGGAGUACGACGCUGAUGCAGAUGUCGGACCUGAUGAUUUGUCUGAAAGCAAUGAUUGCGAUACUGCUGACAAAGAGCGUGCGAACUAUCGCAGUAUCGUACGAGAAUUUCAUCAAUCUCCAUUGAAAAUUUGUCCUACGCAUGACACCUGGGAUAGCGACGGAAGGUAUCUGUACACUCGAGACCGACGUUUUCAAUACCUGAAAGAUAGGCUGCAGGAUCAACAACAUGGCCCACCUCGAUUCCCGCUGGAGCAUAUCGCUAGCCCCACUUGUCAGAGUGUACAAGGCAUCAACGGCCAUAAGCUGAGCGUAGCGGAGAUGAAGGGCUGCCGGAACCACAGGUUCCUCCUGCCAAAACCCUCUCAUUGGGUUCCACCUGAUUGGAAGCCUGAAGCUGUCGAUAAUAUCUUCGAAAAAGACAGCCUAUUUGUGCUUUCGGGAGAAGCAAACGGCUCCUACGAGUCGAUGGCGGGCCAAUUUGUCUAUCCACCACGCUAUGGACUUGACAGAGUCCCGGUAUCAGCGAAUAGUGCCAACAAGGGCUGUUGGGAUCGUGGUUCAUGGGAACCACUCCCAGUUCAUUCUUAUUGUCUUGAUAUGUAUGCCAAAGCAUCGUAUCGCCGGCUAGGCCAUGUUGAUCUGCAUGAUAUCUGGCUCUGGCGGGAGAUGUGCAGCAAUCCGGCGAGGUUUGGGUUCGCAGAUGAGGUCAAUUCGCCCUAUCCUGGCAUUGGGAAAACAAACGAAAUUGAUCCCUUUAGCCACCAUGCCGGUAACGAAUGGAUGGUCGCAAACCCCAUGGAGAUACCGGGACUAGCGAAAGUCCUGGAGAACUGCCUCAUCAAGCAGUCGCCUUUGUUCAAAUUACCGGUUGAACUUCUCGAUAACAUUUUCGCUUUCUUGGAUGACCUGGGCGUAAGCGCAAUAGUAGCCACAUGCGGCACAUUUCGCCGUCAUGCACAACCUUUGUACCGACGCCGCGUUAUUAGGGACAUGAGCUGGUUCUGGGAAGUUCCCGAAGGCCGACCAUAUCCAGCGUCGCCAGAUUGGGCGGUAACCUGGGAACCAUGUAAUCCGCCCAGUCUUGUUCCACCUGAGUUACCCCUCGGGUUAGAAACACGCAAGGCCGAGACUGAGAUUUGGGCGCAAAUCACAGCUGAUGAUCCAAACAUGAGUGAUGUUGGUAGGACCGUUCAAUUAGUCAACUUCGUACGCAGAGAGGCAAUAGACUUCCGCAGAGGAGUCGAGGGCUGGAUCUGUUCCUUGCCUCCAAAUGGCCAUCAGCAUACAACAGAUGUGAAUUGGGUCCAUCUAUGGCAUUCCUUGACUCCCGAAAAGACUCCUUUAUCGGGCAUACGCAAUCGUGUGCGCAUUUGGAGGCAAUGCGAACGGAUAGCAAGCUUUAUCUGCCGAUUGAGAGAUUCGACACAAUGGCGCGAAAGCAAGGAGCUCGACCGUGAGAUAAUGGAAGAAGAAGAUAACUCGUAG